CAACUCAAGUUACAUCAACUCAAAUUAUUCCAGUUACAUUUUUAUAGUUUAUUUUUAUUUACCAGACAUAAUAAAUCAAUAGUUUUAUAAAACAGAUAUCUGGUGGAUGUCUAACAGGAUUUCUGGUUGUUUUAAGGAAUUGAUGAUGAUUUAAUUCUGAUUUAUGAAACAUUUCAGGAAAGUUUUGCUCUUUAUCAUCUUUUAACUCUGACAUUUUCACCAGCAGGUGGCGCCUUAGAGUCACACAUAAAACUAACGAAAUGCAGCCACAGACCUGAUCAAUAAUCUAUAAAUCAAUAAUAAAUCUAGUGAUCGAGAGACCAUCAGAUUCUGAACUGGCGGGUUUUCCCUGCGGUCCCUGAACGCAGCAGCAAUGUUUACCCGCUGUUACUAGGCAACAGCGGCGUCAGUCCAACCGGCGGACUUGAAGCAGGGAAACGCGGUUCCGAUGACCACACCAGUGAUGGACCCGAACCGGGCCCCGGUGGCGUUCGGCCGCCGCGCGGUCCCGCAGCUGUUCGAGCAGCUGCAGGUCCAAGACCCCGCCCACAAGGUGCGCGCUCUGACGUCACUCUGCGACCUGGUCCACGAGCCGGAGCGGCUGUACCAGACCGUGACCGGAGGUUUCCUGAAGCAGCUGCAGGUUCUGCUGCAGGACGACGAUGCUGCAGUCAGGAGCAAAACCUGCGAACUGCUGCACCUGGUCAUGAACCACAGCAUCGGCAGGUCGGCUCUGCUGGCCUCCGGUCUGCUGCCUUCACUGUCCAACCUGAUGGACGACCCGUCCACCUCCUGCAGGACGAACGUCCACCGGGUGCUGAGCGGCCUGGCUCAGCUGCCUGCAGGCGCUGAGGCUCUCCUCUCUCUGGUCCCCAAGCUGAUGCUGAAGCUGCGUCACUUGGAGGAGGUGCGUCGGGAGAAGCAGGAGGAGGAACAGGAGCUGCUCCUCUCCACUCUGACCUCCUGCUCCAGGCUGGACCCCCUGCCGGCUCUGGCCUCCGACGGCGUCCCCAUCCUGGGACAGACGCUCACACACACUUCCCCAAGCAUCCGCAGGGAGGCGGCGGCUGCCCUGAUGGCGCUCAGGUCCGGCUGGAGAACGGGUCCAACGGGCGGGGGGGUUAACGUGUGUUAGUGUGUAUUAGUGUGUGUUAGUGUGUGUGUUAGUGU